GAAAAAAAAAGUAAGUCGGGAUCACUUCUGAUCGCACCGAGACGCAAAAAGUGAGUACUUUUCUUGGAUGAAGCGUACUGAUCGUGCCGUGUGCGUGACGUCCGCAGACAGUGUUUGUGUGAAUAUCCCAGGAUGAGUGUGGAUUACAGAGAAUAUGAUGAUUACACUGCGGAUAACGAGACAGAGACAAACUUCAGCGCUUUUGGCCCGCUGAACUCCGGCAGUCCUCGGUCUGCUUUCACAUCUCUUCUGGUGGCUUUCAACGUCGUUAUUUGCGUCGUGGGCCUGGCGGGGAACUCGCUGGUGAUCUGGAUCUGUGGGUGGAAGAUGAAAAGAACCGUCCCCACCACUUGGUACAUGAGCCUGGCUAUCUCCAACCUGCUGUUUUGCGUCUUCCUGCCCCUGGAAGUGAGCUACAUGAUGACCUCGCACUGGCCCUUUGGACUGGUGUUGUGCAAGCUCAUGUCCUCCGCUCUGUUCCUCAACAUGUACAGCAGCGUCUUUCUCUUGGUUCUGAUCAGUGCCGACCGCUGCGUGGUGGCGUCCUUUCCCGUGUGGUCGCGCAACCACCGCACGGUGCGGCGGGCAUCUGCCCUGGUCGUCCUCACCUGGUUCCUCUCGGCGCUCCUGACCUUGCCCUCGCUGAUCCACCGCCGCACCGCCCCGCACGGAGCCGUCACCCUCUGCGUCAUGCAUUACGCCGACCCGCCCGGACACAAGGCGGUGGUGCUCACUCGCUUCACCUGCGGGUUCUUGCUCCCUUUCCUGGCCAUCGUACUGUGCAGCUCGGUGCUGGGCGCCAAGCUAAGAGGCAUGAGCAUCAAGUCCACCAAGCCCUACAAGAUCAUGGCGGCGCUCAUCUUGUGCUUUUUUGUCUGCUGGGUUCCUUACCAUACCUUUGUCCUCCUGGAGAUACACAUGAAGUCCCUCACCCUGGAGAGUUUCCGCACUGGGAUGAAUGUUGGGGUGACUCUGGCGGCCUCAAACAGCUUCGUGGCCCCGGUUCUCUACAUUUUCGUCGGAAACGAUUUCAGUCAAAUCCUGAGGAGCUCGCUGAUGCAGAGGGUUGAGUCGGUGAUGGCGGAGGAUUUUCGUACCGGAGGCCUCGGUUACUCGCGGGCUCAGCCUCAGCCAGCUGUUUGAUUGGACGCACAAAACACAAAACAUGCCUCGUCCGCAUCUUUUAUGAUUAGUCAACACAACACAUAUAUUUGCAACAUUUUCAAGAAGGAUAUUUAAAGGGGAACAUUAUCACAAUUUCAAAAGGGUUAAAAACAAUAAAAAAUCAGUUCCCAAUGGCUUGUGGUAUUUUUUGAAGUUUUUUUCAAAAUUUUACCGGUCUCGGAAUAUCCCUAAAUAAAGCGUUAAAGUGCCUUAUUUUCGUCUCUCUGCGAAGACACUGGCCAUUUCCCUGUGACGUCACACAGUGCUGCCAAUGUAAACAAACAAUGGGAAUACCACAGCAAGAUAUAGCGACAUUAGCUCGGGUUCAAACUCGGAUUUCAGCGACUUAAGCGAUUCAACAGAUUACGCAUCUAUUGAAACAGAUGGUAGGUUUAUGAAAAUAUUGAAGAAGAAACUGAAGCUAUUGAGCGAAUAGCUAUUGACGCUAUUCAUAGCCAUAGCAUGGCCGAAUAGCUGCGUUAGCAUCGCCGGUAAAAUGUGCGGACCAAACGAUCAGGACUUUCGCAUCUUUUGACACUGGAGCAACUUAAAUCCGUCGAUUGGUAAGUGUUUUUUUCGCAUUAAAUGUGGGUGGAAGGAAACGUAAUAUAGUUGCAAAUGCAUCUACAGGUUAUCCAUACAUCUCUGUGCCAUGUCUGCUUUAGCACCGCCGGUAAAUAGCAUGUUAGCAUCGAUUAGCGUAGCAUGUUAGCAUCGAUUAGCUGGCAGUCAACAUCAACAAAACUCACCUUUGUGAUUUCGUUGACUAUCGUUGCAAAUGCAUCUGCAGGUUAUCCAUACAUCUCUGUGCCAUGUCUGCCUUAGCAUCGCCGGUCAAAUGUGGAGACACUCCAGCACAUGCAAUGGGGGUCUGGCGGCAGACACUUUGGCAUCUUCGGGCCAGUGGUGCAACUUGAAUCCCUCCCUGUUAGUGUUGUUACACCCUCCGACAACACACCGACGAGGCAUGAUGUCUCCAAGGUUCCAAAAAAUAGUCGAAAAAACGGAAAAUGACUGAGCUGAGACCCGGUGUUUGUAAUGUGUUGAAAAUGAAAAUGGUGGGCGUGUUACCUCGGCGACGUCACAUUCUGACGUCAUCGCCUCGAGGCGUUUAAUUCGCCAAAAUUCACCCAUUUAGAGUUCGGAAAUCGGUUAAAAAAAUAGAUGGUCUUUUUUCUGCACCAUCAAAGUAUAUAUUGACGCUUACAUAGGUCUGGUGAUAAUGUUCCCCUUUAAAGAGAAAGUACAUCUUAUUCUUAUUACGGUAUAAUUCUACCAUGAAUUGAUUAACGUGGACCCCGACUUUAACAAGUUGAAAAACUUAUUGGGGUGUUACCAUUUAGUGGUCAAUUGUAUGGAAUAUAUACUGUACUGUGCAAUCUACUAAUAAAAGUUUCAAACAAUCAA